AUAUAAUCAAAUACAUACACAAAUCUAGGAGUUAGAGAGAAUGUUCAAUCAUUCUUCAUUCUAUGUCUUAUUCACGGAACCUCAAUUCUUGCAUAGCAAGAAGGAGCAUCCGAUGCCUCGCAUAGAACCCAGACUAAAGUUUCGAUUACACGUUUUCUAAGUCAGGCUCAGUUGAGCAAUCACUCUCAAUAAAUAUGACCGAAACCUUCCGAUGAUACAGGGCCUUGACUUCCUUCUUGUAAUAUUGUGAGUUAGGAACUGCUUCUCCUGAGUUGCAACCCCCUCAGCAUCGAACAUACACAUGAUGGUCAAUUUACAGCAUCCUGGCAUUUUUACCAAAACCAUGUAGUUACCUCCAAACUUCACUCUUUCAUUAUUCCCAUUUCUUAUCCAUAUCCAAUUUUCAGCAUCCCGAGUUGGGACAAUUUUGAAUUCGUCAUGUUCGAACGAGGCUGGGUCAGGCUUGCUAUUGCCUUUUGCUUAAUGGGAGUUUUUCUACUUCAACAACAUCAUCAGCUCGAAUUCGGCCAAUACGAUCCCUACCGAUGUCGAGCGCUCUUGAACGAUGGAAAGUGGUCACCCUUAUCCUCGGACGGCUCCAAGAAAUGGGAACCCAAGCAUUGUCGGAUGGUCGAAUAUCCUAGAGUUGCUCUCCGUGCUUGCUUAGACAAUCAGAAGGUUGUGUUCGUAGGAGACUCUACUACCCGCCAGGUCUUCCUAGCUGCCGCGAAAAGACUCGAACCCGGUCAAAUGAGAGUUCCGAUCAGGAAUUCAACCAAUUUGAGACAGAGACAUCAGGACGCCACAUUUGAGGCUGAAGGAGUCAAGCUCGAGUUCAUCUGGGAUCCCUGGCUUAAUUCAAGCAAACUAGAGAAGACAUUGAAAAACUUUCAUGCUCUACCAACACCUCCAAACGAGUCAAGCAUCAGAAAGAAAGAUGACAUGUCUCCGGCCUUGAUUCUCUUGGGUGCACCCGGCCUCUGGGCCGCUCGAUACGGUAGGGAUGACUAUCUAGACAUAUUCAAAAACAGUAUCGACCACGUUACGCCAUACAUAUCGGACGUCUUCGAUGAAAAUAUGCCUCGGGUUUUCAACUUUGAUUCCGAUGACACCGCAAACCACAUUUUGCUAGCCCCUGUCCUAGUUCCAGAGUACAGACAUCUGUCUUUUCGCCGGCGUCAAACUAUUACGGCAGAAAGGAUUAAGCAAAUGAACGACUACCUUUCCCAGCUCUCGCAGAACCAAUCGUCGCAUAUACCAUGGGUAUAUAACAAAUUGUCGGACGACUUCAAUGAGGAUGGUCUACAUGUUUCGGACAACGUAGCGGGACACAAAUUUGACGUCGCCAUCAAUGCGCAUUGCAACACCAUCAGUAGCCGCAGCCGCUCUUUCAAAGGCACCUGCUGUGUUCCCGAUCAUUACAACAAAUUAUUUAUGUUGGUGAGCGAAGUAUCAUUUUUUAUACUAAUUGUUUCACUCAUCGUGGAAGUGGCCCUAGGGGUGACUAUGCGUGAACACAUGACAUUAAACGGGGCCAGAUCCAUCGUUUUCGUCAUCCUGCAUUGUUUUUACUACGAUAGAACUACCCUGUUCGGCAAAUUGGAACGCCACUAUCAACCUGUCGAGUUUAUUGUUAUGUGUCUUUUAUGGCUACUGGCUGGCAUCUUCACCACAAGCAGAAAACCCCCGCCAGCAGAGUUGCCAGAAAGGUCGGUAGCAAGGCUCAGGCAAGAACGCAAUUCAGAUCCACCAGACUAUCAAGGCCCUGGAUAUCUAUCGAUCGAUCAUUCCCUUGAGAUCAAAGGCUUGAUGCAGGGGUUCAUUCUGCUCUACCAUUAUCACCAUGCAUCUCAAGCGCUUUGGGUGUACAAGAUCAUUCGAUUAUUCAUAUCUGGAUACUUCUAUCUCACCGCAUACGGGCAUACCAUGUACCUACUAAAGACGAACGACUUCUCUUUCAAGCGCGUCUCAGUUGUCCUAUUUCGGUUGAACCUUCUAAGCGUCAUCUUACCGUACGCCAUGAGGACCAACUAUACCUUGUACUACUUCGCUCCAGUCGUAUCGUUCUGGUACCUCGUUCUGUACGGGAUGCUCCGUUUCUUCCGGAACUAUAACCACGACAUGCCUUGGUUCAUCUCAAAAGUGAUCGCGACGGCUAUGGUAACUGUUGUGUUGAUCUCGACAACCGGCGUCCUCGAAACUGCUGCCAGGUUCUCCCAUCUAUACUGCAACAUCAAUUGGGAUCCCAAGGAAAUGCGCUUCAGACUCCUCCUAGAUCGGUACAUCGUCUUCGUUGGGGCGGUCGUGGCAGCCUUUGUCCACAAUGCCUCCGUUCGUGGCUCACAGCCUAUCCUUCCCCUCGGCAACGCCAGACCCUUCUUCUUGAACCGAAGACAUCUAUUGAACGUCAUCUCCGCAGCAAGCCUGGUAGCAUUCUUCUACGUCACCCAGACAACCCUCCACGAGAAAGUCAUCUACAACAAGAUCCACCCCUUCAUCUCCUGGAUCCCGAUCCUCUCCUUCGUUGUCCUCCGGAACUCGCUCCCCGGGGUCAGAGAAGUGUAUCUGUGGCUGCCGACCGUGCUGGGCCAGAUAUCGCUCGAGACAUAUGUGUUGCAGUUCCAUGUCUGGCUCGGCGGUAGCGCAACCGCGAAACUAACGCUCGGGCUUUGGGACGACCCUUAGGGCCGGCGUUUCGAAGUUGUCCUGUUCACCGCGAAUUUCAUCGGCCUCGCUAUCGCGGCGAAUUGGGCCACCGAUCUCCUUUCCCGCAACCUGUCUCGCGGCUGGAUGUUCUUCAUGGUCUGGCAGAUGUGGGUGCAGAAUCUGCGCGAGAGGUGGUAUUAUCCGUAUUUGACUUGGCUGAGUUGGGUUGGUAUUGCUUGUUUUACUGCGGUGAUCGUUACGCAGUAACUGCUUUGGGCGUGUCGUUAUGAUGGUUUGGGGUGCGGGAUUAAAGCGUUGUUGGGGUUAGAUAUGUAAGCGUAUCA